AUGGCCUCGCUGGACCUGCCCUACCGGUGUCCGCGGUGCGGGGAGCACAAGCGGUUCCGCAGCCUCUCCUCGCUGCGGGCGCACCUGGAGUACAACCACACUUAUGAGACCCUCUACGUCCUCUCCAAGACCAACAGCAUCUGCGAUGCCGCCGUCUUCCCCCUGGCCGCCGACGGGGCUCUGCUGACGCCGGCCGCCCGGCGGGACUACUUUGAGAGCACCUCCUUCCAAGGCAAGGACCAGCGCUUCUCCUGCGACCUCGUCCCCGCCGAGGAGCUGGAGCCGGCCCCGUCCUCCUCCCCCUCUCCCCGCUAUGUCCACGAGAUCGAGAUCCCGCUGACGGAGAUCUUCACCCGGGGAAAAGCCGUGGCGCCGGCCCCCGUGCCGCCGGCCGCUAUGGACGCUGCCUACGAGGAAGGCUUGGCCCGCCUGAAGAUCCGCGCCUUUGAGAAGCUGGAAGUGGACAAGCGGCUGGAGAAGCUGACGGAGGAGGUGGAGCAGAAGAUCGCCUCGCAGGUGGGCCGGCUCCAGGUGGAGCUGGACCGUAAGAGCUCGGAGCUGGAGAAGGCCAAGCAGGAGAGCCUGCGGCUCAGCCGGGAGAAGCAGGAGCUGGAGGACCGGGCAUCCGAACUGUCCCGCCAGGUAGACGUCAGCGUGGAGAUGCUGGCCUCCCUCAAGCAGGACCUGGUGCAGAAGGAGCAGGAACUCACCCGCAAGCAACAGGAGGUGCUGCAGAUCGACCAGUUCCUGAAGGAGACGGCCGCCCGCGAGGCCAACGCCAAGGUCCGCCUUCAGCACUUCAUCGAGGAGCUGCUGGACCGGGCGGACCGGGCCGAGAAGCAGCUCCAGAUCAUCAGCAGCAGCUGCGGCACCACUCCAAAUGGCAGCCUGGGACGCUGCGGCACGCCGGGGGCCAAGGCCGCCGGCCGACCGAGAGACAGGCACCCGGGGCCGGGGGUGGCCGUGCACGGUCCUUACGGCGUGUCCAACCAGCGCUCCUCCUCCAGCACCGGGGCCUCGAGCCGUGCGAAAGCCGUGUCGCAGAGCUCGGGCUGCUACGACAGUGACAGCGCAGAGCCAUGUCCCACCGAUGACACCGCCGACGGGCAUCCCUACCCGGCGCGGGACGGCGCCCGGGGAUCGGGGCUGCGCCGGCAAGCCAUCCAAAACUGGCAUCGCCGGCCCUACCGCAACAGCACCGAGGGCGAGGAGGGUGACGUCUCCGAUGUGGGCUCCCGCACCACCGAGUCGGAGGCCGAAGGCUGGGAGCCAGAGGCACCCGGAUCUGCCGCAUCCCGACCCGCCGGCAGCUGCCGGCUGACGGCCAGGACCGAGGGGGCCGGGGUCAAGGUGGGACGGCUGGAGAGGGGCAGCCCUGGCCACUCCAGCGAGGUGAUCAGCCCCGAGAUCCUCAAGAUGCGGGCGGCUCUUUUCUGCAUCUUCACCUACCUGGACACCAAGACCCUGCUGCGGGCGGCCGAGGUGUGCAAGGACUGGAAGUUCGUGGCCCGGCACCCGGCUGUGUGGACGCGGGUGCUGCUGGAGAACGCCAGGGUGUCCUCCAAGUUCCUGGCCAUGCUGUCUCAGUGGUGCACCCAGAUGCACUCCCUCACCCUCCAAAACCUCAAGCCGCGCCAGCGAGGGAAGAAGGAGAGCAAGGAGGACUACAUGAAGAGCACGCGGGGCUGCCUGGAAGCCGGGCUGGAGUCCCUGUUGAAGGCGACGGGCAGCAACCUGCUCAUCCUCCGCAUCUCACACUGCCCCAAUGUGCUGACGGACCGCUCGCUUUGGCUGGCCAGCUGCUACUGCCGGGCUCUGCAGGCUGUCACGUACCGGAGCUCUACGGACCCCGUGGGUCAUGAAGUCAUCUGGGCCCUUGGAGCGGGUUGCAGGGACAUCAUCUCCCUCCAGGUCGCACCUUUGCAUCCAUGCCAGCAGCCGACGCGUUUCAGCAACCGCUGCCUUCAGAUGAUCGGACGGUGCUGGCCGCACCUGCGGGCACUGGGCAUCGGAGGGGCAGGCUGCGGCGUCCAGGGACUGGCGUCCUUAGCCCGAAACUGCAUGCGGCUUCAGGUCCUGGAGCUGGACCACGUGGCAGAGAUCAACCAGGAGGUCGCGGCGGAGAUGUGUCGAGAGGGGCUGAAGGGGCUGGAGAUGCUAGUGCUGACCUCCACGCCAGUCACCCCCAAAGCCCUGCUGCACUUCAACAGUGUGUGUCGGAACCUGAAGUCCAUCGUCGUGCAGGUGGGCAUUGUGGACUACUUCAAAGAGCCCCACAGCCCUGAAGCCAAGAAGAUGUUUGAAGAAAUGGUGAACAAACUCCAGGCCCUGAGGAAGAGACCUGGCUUCUCCAAGAUUUUACACAUCAAAGUGGAAGGAGGCUGUUAG